AUGGAGCUUCUUCAGAACUUUAUGAGCACGCCCAGCGCGAGCGAAAAGGAGGUGAACGACUCAAUUACCACCUUGGUGGAUCGUCUUUCGCAUUCCACUUUGCUCACUGACCGGCGUGCCGCUGUUCUCGGACUCAAAUCGUUCAGUAGACAAUACCGAGAGAUAGUCAUUGCAAAUGGGCUCAAGAGCCUUGUUUCCACUCUCCAUAAAGACGUGCUGGAUCUCGACAUUGUGAAGGCUGUUUUGGAGACAUUGUUGAUCCUGUUUAUUCGCGGCGAGGGCGACGAAGAUAGAACAAGAAGCUGGAUUAGCCAGCAGAGUCGACUGAAAAAUGGAAAGUAUCCGUCGCCCAGCUUGUUGAUGGAGAACGUCACUGACCAGUUUUCGCUGUGGAUUUUUGACGAGCUAACGCAGUCGGUCAAGAGUUUCGAUAUAUUGGUGGAUCUUGUCGAGGUUAACGAUAUCCAUAUCAAAUUGUACUCGUUGCAGUUAUUACAGGCUCUGUGCUCUACUCGUCCCAUCAGAACCAAAGAGCUGAUCCUCAAGUCGCCGUUGGCGAUCUCGAAGCUGUGUCAGGUACUUGACGAUCCGUAUGAGCCAAUAAGGAACGAAGCUAUUUUACUUCUGAUGGGAGUGGUCAAAGACAACUUCAACAUACAGAAACUGGUGGUGUUCGAGAACACGUUCGAUAAACUGUACAAAAUCAUCGAGGAAGAAGGAGGAAUAGAAGGUAACAUCGUUGUUCAGGAUUGUCUGUCUUUAAUCUCGAACUUGCUUAGAUACAACGCCAGCAACCAGAAAUUCUUUGUCGAGACAAACUGCAUGUACAAACUGGCCGAAUUUCUGAACCAACCGCUUUCCGAGAGCGAAUUAGGGCCGUUUGUCUGGAACGAGCAGAGACUUCAGAACUUGAUCACCACGCUCGAUACCUGUCGAUUAUUUGUUGCUGAUGGAGUGGAAGCCAUUGCUCAGGCCCAAUUGGGUCUGGUCAAGUCUGACGUGCUCAUGCUCAUUUUGCGACUGGUUUUCUCUCUCAGUGUUCCGAAUAUUGUUCGGGUCCAUUCUUUGUUAACAACUGCAGACAUCAUAAGAUCCAACUCGGAGAUCCAGCUUCAAUUCUCACAGAUAGACGUCCCAUACUUAGACCCUACCCUGCCUGCAGCCGCACAAAGGAUGGAGGAGGUGGUUCCAGUGAUAGACGCGCUGCUCCAUUGGAGUUUGUAUGCCAACUCUGUACAUCUGUUUGAUCUUAGAAUGGCUUCGGCGAUGGUUUUGCAUGCUUACUUUAUGGACAACGAAGACGCAAAGUAUGCGUUCUUAAAGGAUCAGAAGUAUGAAUUCAACAAAAUGAACGGUGUUCCUAAUAGCGAGGAUGAAGAAGACGAAGAAUCUGGACAGUCUUCCGAAGAAGAAACCAACGGGGCCAACGGUGCUGCCGAAGAGAACGGAGAAAGCAGAAGUCCGUCUGUAAGUCUCACUGGCGCCAACUUGUUCGAAACCCUCAUAAACGUCGAUAGCGAGCUGCAACUGAACCCGUACAAGGUUUGGUUUGCAAGCUUGAUUCUGCUCUACGUGUUUGAGGACUACUCAGAAGGACGCGAACUAGCCAUGACCAUUCAGAUUGGAAACGCCAGUGCCAACGAGGACGUGCUGAAUAUCAUCGAGGCAAUUGGACAAGCAUUGUGCUCGAGUUUGCGGUUCAAAGAUCCCCGUGUCUCAAUUGCGUACUCUAUGCUUCUUAGUGUCUGGCUCUGGGAGAACUUCAAGGCUGUUGAUCUUUUCUUGCACGAUCCGUCGAUCUUGGAUCAACUUCUGGCCCAUUUGGUGGAGUCAAGCAACGAGAACCAGCUGGUGCAAGGAAUAAUUGUCAUUUUGCUGGCUAUCGUUUACGAAUUUUCAAGAAAAAGCUCGCCCGUUGGCAGACAGCAGCUGAAUUUACUGCUCAAGAGUCGUAUUGGUGAGCACGCUUUUAGCUUAAAAGUCCAACAGUUUGAGAAGAGCGAUGCGUUUGUGAACUUUGAUGAUGAAGAUUUACUGACACCGGAAAGAGACGACACGGGUCUGCCUCAGGUGUAUUUCGAUGGCAUAUUUGUCAAACUAGUCAAGGACAACUCAAGGCGACUGAGAGGUGCUGUGGGGCACGAUCCUUCUUUUGAUCCGCUGGAAACUCUUAGUUUUGAAGCAUUCGAGACGGUGCAGAACGACUGCUUGAAAUUAUCGGAAAGUCUCAAGAGCUUGCGCGAGGAGUCUGAUUCGUUAAUCGAGAAGCAACAGGCAGAGAUCAAGCGGCUUGUUUCUGAGUACGACGAACUGGCAAAGAACUUUGAGUCUUCCAGAUCCGAGCUUGAGAAAAUCCAGAACGACAAAGAGCUUCUUGAUAGUAAUUACGCCAAAACGACAGGAGACUUUUCCAAAUUGACCGAGUUGAAACAAGAGCUGGAAAAGAACUUGGGGUCGUUGACGGGACAGCACCAGGAAGCUGUUUCCAAGAUUUCUACAUUGGAAAUCGAGAACAAACAGCUCACUGAAAGAUUGAAUUCCAUUGAUCAGCAGAAGAGCAAAGCUGAGGAUGGAAUUAAUAAGAUGAGCAGAGAGCUGAUGCAGUUGACUAGAGAGAAAGAGAACCAGACCAAGACCGUGAAAAAUAUGGAAAAGGAAGCAGCCAAGCAGGUCAAGGCUCAAGAGAAAUUGAAGCAGCAAAUUUCUCAGCUUGAAGGGACAAUUACUUCACUGGAAUCCCAGAUUAAGAGCCUCGUGGCCGAGAAGAAGAGAGGAGACGAUAAUUACGGAAGCCUCCGCAAGAGUUACGAAGAAACUGUCGCUAAAUUGAAGGCUACAGAGAAAGAGGUUGAGCUUUCGCGUGGGAACCAUUCUGAAGCAACCCGUAGUUUGGAGAUUUUGAAGAAAGAAUCUGAAGAGUCUACCAGCUCGUUGAGAUCACAGUUGAUGACAUUGACCAGUCAGAAGGGUGAGCUGGAGGCUCUGAAUGAACAGACCUUGACACAGCUUGCCGAGCUCAGAAAAGAGAGCGAGAAGUUUAAGAAAGAAGCCCAGGAGCAGCACGAGAAGCUGCUUCGGGAGAAAGAAGAACUCGAGGCGGCACACUUGAAGGAAAAAGAAGCAUGGAAAGACGAGAAUGCAAAGUUCCAAGAAGAAAAGGCCUCGGAGAUCGAGAAUUUGGAAAAGAAGAUCAAGUCUUUGACCGAGUCAAAGAACGACAUAUCUGCUGUUCAGAAGAAGUUGGUUGAUGUUCAAAACGAGAAGGAGGCUUGCGAAAAAACGAUCGCGUCUUUGAAAGCCGAGCUGGGAGAGACUCGCGAACUGAAGAACACAGCUACUGAGGAGAAAAAGUCUCUAGAGUCAACAAUAUCCAUGAUUUCUGUUAAUGUUGACGCGAAAGACGAGGAAUGUCGUCGUUUGAUGAAAGAAAAAGAGCAGUUGAAAAAGGAGAAAGACGACCUGAGUAAGGAGACGAAGGAUAAGAUUGUGGAGCUCGAAGCGCUCAAGAAGAAAGUUUCCGAACUCGAAAAAGCCACGAAAGAUCUGUCUAGUCACUCGGAGACAAUUGAAUCUUUGAAGUCUGAACUGGCUGAGAAAGAGACAUUGAAGACACAGGCUGUUUCGGAUGUGGAGAAGAUCGUGGAGAAGCUGCGUGGAGAGCUUGAAUCUAAGGGCAAGGAGAUCGAGAAGGAAAGAGAGCUACUGAGUGGAAACUCCGAGGCAAUUGUGAAGGAGUAUUCCGAGAAGAUCACCGGGUUGGAAGAAAAGGUCAGGGAGCUGGAGUCCCAGAGGGAAAGCGAAGUACAGAAACUGAAGGACGAAGUGAAGACCUUGACGUCCAGCCAGACUAAGCACAAUAAGGACACCACCAAGCAGAAAAAGGAGCUGGAGGACCUGAAGCAGAAACACGCCGACUUUGAGAAGCAGGCCAAACAGAAGGAGGAGGAGCUGGCUGGUAAGGCCAGCGAGGUUGAUUCCUUGAAACAGAAGAUGAAGGAACAACUUCGGGAGCUGAUCGAUCUCAAGAAGGAGAAGAAAGAGAUGGACAAGCUAAAAGAGCAAUCCAAGGAGCUGGAGAAGCACAAGGAGAGAACUUCAGACUACGAGGCCCUUGAAGACCACAAAAACAAGACUUCUGAUUACGACGAGGUCAAGAAGAAGGUUUCGGAGUACGAGCAGUUCAAGGAGAAGGUUGCUGACUAUGACGAUCUGAAGAAGAAGGCGUUUGAGUAUGAGGAGCUACAGAAGAAGGUUGCGGACUACGACGAACUCAAAGCUCAAGCUGCUGAGGCCGAGAGUUUAAAGAAACAGCUGACAGACCAAGAACAGCUGCAGAAACAGGUUUUGGAGCUGGAGGCCAAGCUGAAGUCUACCGAGACCAAGCUGGAGGAGAUGGUUCCAAAAGGAGACCUGGACGACUUAAUGUUGUUGAUGAGCGAGCUGGACGAGAAGAACAAGGAGAUGAAGACAAAACUCAAGUCGCUCGGCGAAGAAGUCAGCGACAUGAGCGACGAGGAGUCCGACGAGGAAUGA